AUGAGAUACGCUUUCGCUCCCAUCGCGUUUGGCCUCGGAGCCAACGCCCUUGUCGUCCGUCAGGCUACACAGUGCUUCAAGCUUGAAGCGUCAGGCGGCGCAUCAGGUGUACUUGGCCAACUCGACGACGGCCAGAACCGUGUCGGUAACGGUGGUCUGCCUACCAGCUGCUACUGCCUGGACGGCAACGGUGGCUUCACUGAUUCCAAUGGACGGGGUUGCAUCCUAACUCCUCCCACCACACAAUUCCAAUGCGAUGUUGGCGCCACUCCCACCAACGGCUUUGCCGUUGGCCCCAACGGUGGCGUUACAUACAACGGCUCCGGCAAGUUCUACGCUUGCCCCGUCAAUGACAACGGCGAGUACAACGUCUACACAACUCCUGCCCCUGGCCAAGCCAAGUGCGUCGAGAUCUCUCUAGGCUCUGCUGGUUCUUGCGGGGCUGGCGCUACACAACCCGCUGGCUCUCAGCCUGCUGGCACACCUCCCGUAGCCACUGCUACUGUACCUGCUGGUACACCUCCUGCUGCCACAUACCCUGCUGGCACACCUCCCGCUGGCACACCUCCCGCUGGCACACCUCCCGCUGGUACACCUCCCGCUGGUACACCUCCCGCUGGUACACCUCCCGUAGCCACCGCCACUGUACCCGCCGGCACACCUCCUGCUGGAAAGCCCUCUGGUAUGCCUGGGAAGCCUUCCGAUAUGCCCGGAAAGCCUGGUCAGUCAGGUAUGCCUGGAAAGCCUUCCGGUAUGCCCGGAAAGCCUUCUGGCAUGCCCGAGUACCCCGGCCAACCUGGAAAGCCUCAGCAAUCAGGCAAGCCAGGCUACCCCGCCAUGUCCGAAGGCCAGAAGCCCUCCCAGCCCGCACCCGGUGUCCCUCAAGAGUCUGAGUGUGUUCACAGCGUCGUGACCGUCACUGUCACUGCGCCUGCUGCUCCUCCCGCUGAGACUCAUCCUGCCCCUCCCGCUGAGACACACCCUGCUCCUUCUGAGACCAAGCCGGCCCCUCCCGCUGAGACUCACCCAGCUCCCCCUGCUGAGACCCACCCUGCACCUCCCGCUGAGACCCACCCUGCACCUCCCGCUGAGACGCAUCCCGCUCCUCCCGCCGAGACUCACCCCGCUCCCUCUGUGACGAAGCCCGCGCCUCCAGCAGAGACCACGCCCACAAAGCCCGACGAUACCGACGAUGAUGUUGACAACGGUGGUGAGGGUUCAUGCCCCAAGGACCUCAACGGCAACUACGAGUACCCCCACCUGAUCGUACCUGUCGACUCCGAGCAACCCGACAAGGCCCACGACACCUCGUACAACGGCAAGAUCGAUAGCCACACUUGCACCAUCUUCAACUUCGAUAUCCCCGCCUCGAUGGCUGGCAAGAAGUGCUCUGCCAUGUUCAUGCUUCCCAAGAAGGAGGACCUCGAGACCUCCGACUACACCAUGUCUGGCCACGGAAAGUGCACCAUCAGCAAGCUCAAGGGCCCUGCCGAUGCAAUGACCACCUACAAGAACAUGCCCGCUAAGGAUAAGGACGUUGCCUCCAUGGAGAUGACCCCUGGCAACACCUACCCCGUCGAGACUGGUGACUGCGAGGCGGGCAAGACCGUCAGCUACAUGAUUUGCGGCAGCGGUGACUUCUCCAUGGAUUACUUCCAGGACUACAACCCAAGCCCCAUUGGCAUGUACGUCCGCCAGUGCUAG